AUGGCGUUUCUUGAGUUGACCGCACCUCGGUCCUCCUUUGCGGAGUCGACCUCCACCAUUAACUCUGAGGAUAACAAACUUGUUGCCCUCACCCCUCCUGCCCCCGCCUUCGCGGAGCUUGCCAACUCUACCUCUGCUGAGUUUGAUGUCGACAACACCGACAAGGUAAGCCUCCAAUUUCCAAUCUCCAAUCAUGAGCUAAAGAAACCCAAGGCCUUCGAUCUGAUCAUCGCCAACCUCAAUGCGAUGCGAGCUAAGGUUCAAGCCCUUGAGUCCGAAAACAAAGAACUCAAGUCUCAGGUUAAAAUCGAGAAGUCCUUCAAGGAACACUUCACCAACAGCCUUGACGAAGCCAACCGCAACUGGCACUCAUCUGAAGUCGAAGCUGCAACCAAGGUUCAAGCUCUUGAGUCGGAAAACAAUGAGCUGAAGGCUCAGAUUGAGGACGAGAAAUCCUCCAAGGAGCAAAUCUCCAAGACCCUCGAUGAGGCCAAGCGCGACUGGCACUCUGCUGAGCUUGCCGUUAUUGUCAAGGUCCGAAGUCUUGAGUCGGAAAUCAAUGAUUUGAAGGAUCAAGUUGAGAACGAGAAGUCCUCCAAGGAGCGCUUGUCCAAGGAUCUCGAUGAAGUCAAUCGCAACUUGCACUCUGCUGAACUUGAAGCUACUACCAAGAUUCAGGUUCUUGAGUCAGAGAACAGCGAAUUCAAGGCUCAAGUCGAGUACGAGAAGUCAUUCAAGCAACACUACUCCGACAGCCUUGACGAGGUCAACCGCAACUGGCACAACGCUGAGUUUAAUGCUGCUGCCAAGAAUGCCGAGCUUUGUCGUGUUCGUGAGCGUCUGUCCCUUGUCGAAGCUGAGGCCGCUGAACAGGCUCAACUCCAUGCGGUCAAGGAACAGAACAUUCAAAUUCACGCUCAGUUCCGCGUUCAGUUCAUUCUGACUACCUAUCACCAUGUCCAGGUACUCAAGCAUAUGAUGCAUGACUGGAAGGCUCAGGUGGAGCAGAAGAUUGACGAGGAUUAUGAGAAGAACAAGGAGAACGAGAGCGACGCCACUUCCCUUGAUGCCGAGUACGAGCGACUCAAGUCUUUGAUUGAGGGCCACGACUACAUCAUCAACAACAUCAAGAAGGGCAACGAGAAGUUUGUCGAUUCGAUCAAGGAUAUCCGCGAGCUCGAGAACCCUACCCCCGUCGCAGAGCUCGCUGCCGAUCGUUUCGAAGCUUUCUUGCAUGAGCGUGAGAAGAUGGUCGCCCAGCUGGAGUCCGAAAAGCAGGAGUUUGUCCAGACGGUGAACGACAACUGGGAGUUUGACAGCCAGAUGACAGACGAGGUCGCCGAAGAAAUGAUUGAGAUUCCCAUCGACAACAAGGAAAAGACCAAGGCCGACCGAAAGAAGGCAAAGAAUGCUGCUAAGAAGGCGGCUAAGAAGGCUAAGAAGGCCAAUGCGAAGAAAGCCAAUGCGGAGAAGUAA